AUGUUCCGCCAGCCAGCGGCGCGACUGAGGCAAAUAACCUCACCCAUCUUCAAGCGAGGUGGCGCUCGAGCACGCACUGGACGCGAGCAGACCUUCAAAGCCGAGCAACUUCAAAGACCAUUUUGGAACUCGGGACGCGUCUUGCUAUUUUCUGCAGUUACCGGAACGACCACAUACUUCUACGGCGCCAAUGACGAACCGCACAGAAUUCAGAUGCCAUGGAAGAAGUCAUCAGGGCCCCAAUAUGCGAACAAAUACGAGAUGGAGAGGGCCAUUUUAGAGCUCAGGGAUGUUCUUGGGGAAGACACCAUUAGUACCGACGACGAGGAUUUGCAUCGACACGGAUAUUCGGAAUGGUCGUCUAUCAACAUCGACCAACUUCCCGUUGCGGUGGCGUAUCCGAAGUCCACUGAAGAAUGUGCUACGAUCGCCAAGGUCUGCUACAAGUACAAGAUACCGAUGAUCCCAUAUUCUGGGGGAUCAAGUUUGGAGGCCAACUUCUCGGCUCCAUUCGGUGGCAUGAGCAUUGACUUCUCGUUCAUGGAUCAGAUCCUGGCCUUGCACGAAGAUGAUAUGGACGUAGUGGUUCAGCCUUCUGUCCCAUGGAUGAGUCUCAAUGAUCAGAUCAAAGACUCGGGGUUAUUUUUCCCAGUCGACCCUGGCCCAUCGGCCCGAAUUGGAGGUAUGGUGGGUACGAGCUGCAGUGGCACCAACGCAGUGCGAUACGGCACGAUGAAGGAUUGGGUCAUCAAUCUGACUGUAGUCCUUGCCGAUGGCACGAUCAUCAAGACCAGAAGAAGGCCCAGGAAGUCAUCGGCCGGUUACAAUCUUACCAACCUCUUCGUUGGCUCCGAAGGCACCCUGGGUAUCGUGACUGAGAUCACUUUGAAACUCGCAGUAGUACCACAAGAGACCAGCGUCGCAGUCGUCACCUUUCCCACGAUACGGGAUGCCGCUGCCGCAGCUUCCAAGGUGUUGCGCGCCGGAGUGCCGGUGGCUGCGAUGGAGAUAAUGGAUGACGUGCAGAUGGGUGUAAUCAACAAAGCCGGAUCAACGACCAAAAAGUGGAAAGAAUUGCCGACCAUGUUCUUCAAAUUUUCGGGAACCAAAGCAGGGGUACAGGAGAACAUUGAGCUGGUCAAGUCCAUUUCCAGGAAACACAAGAGCGGGGACUUCGAAUUCGCCGUCAGCGCCGAGGAGCAGAAGACGCUUUGGUCUGCGCGCAAGGAGUCCUUAUGGAGCAUGUUGGCGCUCCGUCGCGAAGGCGACGAAGUUUGGUCAACAGAUGUCGCCGUGCCGAUCUCCAGGCUACCAGACAUUAUAGAAAUCUCCAAGAAGGAGAUGGAUGACCUCGGUCUCUUCGCCAGCAUCCUAGGUCAUAUCGGAGACGGCAACUUCCACGAAAGCAUUAUGUACAACAGCAAAGAUCCCAAAGAGCGAGCGGCUGUCGAGAAGUGCGUUCAUGACAUGGUCGACCGCGCGCUAGAGAUGGAUGGCACAUGUACCGGCGAGCACGGCAUUGGGCUGGGCAAGAAAGAAUCGUUGCAGAAAGAACUCGGUCUCGACACUAUCAAUGUGAUGAGAAGCAUCAAGGGCGCAUUGGAUCCGUACUGGCUCAUGAACCCGGGGAAGAUCAUGGACGCUCAGGCGUAG